AUGGACGCGCGUUCUUUGUGGUUAAUUUUAACAAUACUGGCUGCGUGCCAAAGUUCAGGAGUAGCGCCAAGGCUCAAGUUGAACGAUGGCAAAGAGGUCCCAGCGCUGGGACUCGGCACUUGGCUGGGCUUCACUAAAGAUGGCGGCCGCGUCCAGUUGAAAGGUAAUGAGAUUGAAAAAGCUGUGGAAUGGGCCAUCGACGCCGGUUACAGGCACAUCGACACGGCUGCCAUCUACAACACGGAGUCACAGGUUGGCAUAGCUGUGAACCAGAAGAUAGCAGAAGGCGUAGUAAAGAGAGAAGAUCUGUUUAUUACUACAAAGUUGUGGAACACCCAUCACGCCAAAGAUGCUGUGGUGCCGGCUCUACAGGAGUCUCUUCAGAAGUUGAACUUGACCUACGUAGAUUUGUAUUUAAUUCAUUGGCCGAUUGCUGAAUCUGAGGACCAUAAGUUGGAGAGUACCGAUUACUUAGAAACUUGGAAGGGUAUGAUAGAAGCUCGAGAUCGGGGUCUUACCAGGUCCAUAGGAGUAUCCAACUUCAACCAGGCGCAACUAGACCGGCUGCUGGCUAAUACUGACGUGAAGCCGGUUGCUUUACAAGUGGAGAUAAACUUGAAUCUCCAACAGCCCGAGUUGCUAGCUUACUGCAAGCGCCAAGGGAUAACAGUCACUGGGUACACGCCAUUCGGGUCAUUGUUCCCGAGCAGGGCGGCUGACGACGCGCCCUUACCGCGCGUCGAUGAUCCUGCACUGGUGGCGAUAGCGCAGAAGUAUAAUAAGACUGUACCGCAGAUUGUGCUGAGAUAUGAGGUGGAAUUGGGCGUCAUCCCGAUACCGAAGUCCACAACCAAGGAGCGCGUCGAGCAGAACAUUGACGUGUUCGACUUCAAGCUCUCACAAGAAGACCGUGACGUUUUGAAGGCUUUCGACAAGAACUACAGAGUUAUACCUGUCAAGCACUGGAAAGAUUCCAUCUACUACCCAUUCGAGAAAAAUUAA